AUGAUUAUUUGCGAAGUGUGCUCGAAUGAGCCGUCCAAAUAUCGUUGUCCGGUAUGCAGUGCGCAAAGGAUCUAUUGUACUCCCAAAGCCCGUGAGGAACACGCGCAGGAGCCGAAAGAGCAGAAUGGACUGAGUGAUACGUUACAAAACGGCACCGCUGCAGCUACGCAUGGUGGCGGUAACGAUGGAGUUGAUUUGAAUUUACAGCCUUCUGACAUUACUGCGACGAAUCCACCCCGGAACUCCAAUUCUGCGAAGGAAACCCUCAACUUCAGCUUCAGCGAUCUACAAUCAUCCCAGGAGCUAAAGAACUUGUUCGUCCGAUAUCCCGCCCUGCGAUCCAAGCUACGAGAUAUAUACAGGCUGACGCUGGAGGAAGAAUGGGUGGAGAUGAAACAUAACAACUAUGGGCGUGGGCGCGGACGUGGCCGAGGGUCAUAUGCUGGGCGGGGAGGGAAGAGCAGAGGGCCCUGGACGGAGGAGAAAGGGUUCAACCGAGGGCUAUGGAAGGUGAAACGAUUGCGAGAGAGUUUGGAGAGCAGCAAUGGGGCUGCUGGCGGCGCUGAUGCUGAAGGGUUCGCGCAGUUCGCUUCCUUGGUCCUAGCAGCGGGCGGUGACACUGCUCCGAAAUCUACGCAGUCGCAACCCGAAGGAUGA